AGGUUCGGAAAAUGGACGGCUACCUGUGGUACAUUGCGCAGGUGGAUCGCUUGAACCCGGACAACCAAGUGAGCCCUGCCGAAGCUGAGCUCAUGGUGCGAGCGGGGAAGAUUGCCAAGAAGGUUGGAGGUUCCAUCUUAGACCUUGGCAGUGGGAGUGGGAAUGACUUCCCGACGAUCCAGGCGGCCGAGGUGAUCUUGCCGGUCUUGGCUGUGGAGCCCAAUCGCUUCACCUGGGCCAAAGCGGAAGCCCAGGCACAAGAGCUGAAGCUGUCUGUGUCCUUCGCGGCGAACUUGGAGGAGGUGCCCAAUGAGAGCUGCGGGCUGCUGCUCACACGCCGUGUGCUUUGCUCGGUGGACGACCAGCAGGAAGCGCUGCAGGAAAUCUUCCGAGUGCUGAAACCAGGUGGUGUCUUUGUCUUCAUUGAACAUGUGGCUGCCGAAGAGGGCUCGCCUUUGCGGGUGACGCAGGAAGUCUUCCGACCGGUCCAGCAGGCCAUGGCCAACAACUGCGACAUGGCACGCCUUUUGGAUGCAAAGUGCGGACAAGAUGGCCUCGAAAUGCAAGGGGAGACGGAGAAGGCGAUCCGAGACAUGCCGUGGAGCAACGUGGAGGUGGUAAACUAUGAGGAGGCCUUCAAUGGCCCAUUGAGUCCGCACAUUCGGGGGUUGGCAGUGAAAGCUCGGUGACUUGUGAGACCUCAAGGCCUCGAAGCCUUUGGGCGGCCUUGGGCGGUGUUGGUUGCCAAAGCUCCUAAACGCAAAGAAAAGGGUGAGCGGCCGAGCUUGGCUGGUGAGCUGCGUUCGAAGAGGAUCACUAAUAAUCUAGCAAGGGGGAGGAUGUGGUUCUCAUCGCAUCAGUCAACGCCUUUUCAAAAGUUAUCAACAUUAGUUAGAUAGCAAAAGUCGGUUGUUGUCUCGGUUGUGCUUCAACAUAUCACCGAAUUAGCCAUUAGGUACCUUAAGACAGGGGUGCUUUGCCCAGAAGAAUCCACAGACGCUUCGUCCCAGCCACAUGGCUCUCCUCCUACAUGCCUCACGUGCCAUCAGAAGCACGCUGCGUGUCGUGCAACUCAUUUGUCACACUGCAGGAGGGAGAUGUUAUGCCAUGAGGGACAAGCUUUCUGUGGACAACGACCACGCCGGUCUUUUACCACCAUCCAUGCGGCAUGCUUGCACGCAUAGCGUGUGCGUAACGGUUAGCAGCUUCCCACAUCCUAACAGCUCUGGUCUUGAACUCUAGCUCUGCGUCUGUGUGUCUGUGCG